UGACCUAAUCACGAGCAAUUACAGCGACAAUCAGUCUCGACAGACUGGAACGAUAUAGCAUUUACUCCGGGCGUCGUUGAGUGUCACAAGAAAACGAAAUCAAGUACAAUGGCUGUCAAGUCAUUGGCGGAUCUCUGCACCGCAGUUUGCAUAAAGAAUAUUCGAGAAAUCCAAGACGUCGGCGGCCUCCCCUAUCACAUCGUGCGACCCAUCCUCAUGCGCCUCGACUCGGCCGCGCAACUACGAGCCAUCGAGGAAGCCUCGCCGCACAUCGCCCUCGAUAAUGAAGAAUGCUGGCAGCGCUUGAUCAGAAAGAACUUCGCCGGACUGCAUGCCCAGCACGACUUCGCACCCCGGAACCCGGCGUCGUGGCACAAGGUAUACGCAAAGUAUGCCAAGAUCAACGCCGACGCCAAAGCAGAGGCCGAGGCGAAACUGAAGGCGGCCUUUGCCGGUAUCCAGAAGAAGAAGGCGGAGAACACCAGCUCGAUCGAGCAUCACCGGAGCCUGCCCAGGCCGCCCAGGGACACAAAGAACGUGGGCAGGAAGGCGGCCGUCGGGCGCAGGGGAGGUAGCAAUGAUACGGGAGAGCUCAAGUUCACGGGCGGCUCCAGGACAAAGACAAACACGGCUGCUAGUGUCAUGAGGAGGGUCAAGCGCGAGGCCGCUGAAGUGUCUGCCAGGAACAAGCUUGCCACACCGAAUGGCGCGCUACAGGUUCGACAGGGACAGAUCAGGGCCGCGCCGAAGGGCAUGGUGCAUGAGCAAGCAGUCAAGCAUAAUCCAGCAAUCAAGGUGCAGCCGCCAGCCGUACGUACCAUGGAAGAUGAUUUCCGGGAUCACCAAAUGGAACAGAGGGAAGCAAGAUUGCGCAAACUCAAGGCCCAGGGCGCAAACAUUUUGGAAGACUCAGAUGUUGACGACGACGAUGAGGACAACGGGUUUGGAGGUGGCGGUGGUCGAGGUGGGUUAAAUGUUGAGGAACUAGAGGAUUUGUUCGACGAUGAUGAGCCCCCCAGGAGACCAGCACCACUGCCAGCUAAGAAGAAGGGGAUACUCUCUAACGCGUAUCGGGGCCCGCCGGCGACAGUCCAGAAAGUCAGCGUCGGCGGCGGCUCCAGUGCAUCCAGAUCAACCGCAGAAGACUCAUCCUCCAGACCAGCACAAUCAGCACAUGGUCCAUCAGGCAGCCCUGAGCCGAAACCGAGGAUGCCAGUCAAGCGGAAAGCUGCGAAUGUCUUUAUGGCACCAAGGUCCAAGGUACAGAGACGCUAGGUAAUAGCCCCUUGCGGGUCUCUGCCACCAUGAAUGGCACGGCCUGCUGACUUACAAUGUACCACUAUAUUUUAUUCCCUUUUUUUUUUUUUGGCGUAUGUACUGGAUGAGGUUAUGAGGCAUAUCUAUAUACUUGAGUUUUGGUAGACUUGAUGGGGGCACCUUGGAGUUUGGCAUGGCUGCUUAGCAUUUACAAUGUCUCACCAACAAUCUAGAGACACAGCUAAAUAUGUGGCAUCUCUAGAACACCAUAAUUUUACCACGAGAUUAUGUGUAUUCACAUCAGUAGAGAAUUUAUGAGUCAAAAGAGUUGCAACAAUCGGGCUCAGGUUGGUUGUCUACCAGCAACGCCAUGACGCGCUGAAGUGUGAUGAGAUAAGGCCGGCUCGUUCAGAAAUUGUGAU